AAUUGUCAGUACGCUUGACUGCGCGCUAACGUUUUCCUUUUGAGAGACAGUCACCGGGAGAAUGGCUGAACAAGAGGUGAAGAAACGGCGAACUUUUCGCAAGUACACCUUCCGUGGCGUUGACUUGGAUCAACUCUUGGAUAUGUCAAGGGAACAGCUGAUGGAAAUGUACACAUGUAGAAUCAGACGAGCUUUCAGUCGUGGAGUAAAGAGGAAGCACAAUGCUUUGUUGAAAAGAUUACGCAAGGCUAAGAAGGAAGCUCCACCUCUUGAGAAACCAGAUGUAGUAAAGACUCAUCUUCGUAAUAUGGUUGUUGAACCAGAGAUGGUUGGUAGUGUUGUUGGCGUGUACAAUGGUAAAACAUUCAAUCAAGUAGAAAUUAAGCCUGAAAUGAUUGGUCAUUACCUGGGAGAGUUCAGCAUCACAUAUAAACCUGUGAAGCACGGAAGGCCUGGAAUUGGUGCCACUCAUUCAUCUAGAUUUAUUCCAUUGAAGUGAUAUGUUCUGUCCUUCUAAUACAUAAGAAACCCCAAC